AUGGCUGCUCCACCGAGCCUGGAAGAAGGCCAGUCCACCACUAGACCACCUUGCUUCAACGGACAAUUUUAUGGAUGGUGGAAGACGCGCAUGAAUGACUACAUCAAUGCUGAAGACACUGAGCUAUGUGAUGUGGUUCUUGACGGACCUUACAUUCCCACCAAAGAAGUAGUAGAUGGAGAACUAACCAAGGUGAUUACCAAAACCAGAAGGGAAUACAAUGAAGAUAACAUGAAAAAGAUAGAAAAGAACUAUAAAGCAAAAAAGCUGCCAGUGUGUGGGAUUGGUCCAAAUGAGUAUAACAAAAUCUCUGCGUGCAAGACAACGAAAGAAAUAUGGGAUUGUCUCAAAACAAAUCAUGAAGGAACGACACAAGUGAAGGAGUCUAAGGAAGGCGAAACCAUCCACGAGAUGAAUACAAGAUUCACUUCCAUAACCAACGAUCUAAGAUGUCUUGAUGAGCCUAUUCACCUAAGCAAACAAGUUCGAAAGAUUCUCAGGGUGCUUCCCAAGUCAUGGGAGAGCAAAGUGAAUGCUAUCACUGAAGCAAGAGACCUGAAGGUACUCACCAUGGAUGAUUUGAUUGGAAACCUUCAAGCCUACGAGUUGAACAGGCAACAGGGGUCAACCGUGAAGGAAGGAAAGAAGGAGAAAUCAGUGGCCUUGAAAAUGUCUCUGAAUGAUGGGUCAGAAGAGGAGGAUGAGAUGACAUACCUCACUAAAAGAAGGAACCAGGUCCUAGAUCAUGCCAGAAGAAAGGCUCACGCUGAUCAAGUAGUGAAGAAAGCCCUUGCAGUCUGGGGAAAUGGCUCCAGUGAAUCAAAUGAAGAAGAGGACAGUCAUGAAGAUGUCUCAGUGAUGGCCAUCAAAGAUGAUGAAACCGUGUUCAACUCUAUUUUCUCACUGAUGGCAAAAUCGGACGAUGAAGAGAACCAGGAUGAGGUAACCCAUUUUGAUCUCAAAAGUGAUCUAGAUACUUUAUCCAUUAAAAGGUUAAGAAAACUUGUUGCAGUACUAAUUGACUUAGUAGAUGAACUAACCACUGAGAAUAUGAUGAUAAGUAAAAAAUUGAGUCUGUGUGAGGAUGAAAAUGCAGCCCUUAACUCUCAAAUGUCUGAAAUGAGUGUUAGGACAAGUAAAAUAGAAACUGAGAGCAUGCAGCCCAGCGAAGAACCAGGUACUUCUGGGGUGGGAAAUGGAAACUCAGUAGCUUUGUGGUCGAAUUAG